GGCGUUACGCGUCUCUGGGAGAAGGCUGAGGAGAGAGUGUGGAAAGGUGGAAUUGCUGUCUCAGGCCCUCGGGAUUCGCGGAGAAAACCAUGUCAGGAAGAACCUCAUCUUCAAGUCACGUCAGUUUUCGUAUACCAAAGAAGAAAACAAACACCAAGUCAGAGGAUGUUCAAGUUCAGUCCCCUUUGGCAAGGCUCCCAGGCUCCCACCAUUGUGACUACCCUUUAAAAGAGUGGAGAUUAAGUGCCAACAACAGAAAGCGUUCUACAAAAGGAAAAAGGCAGAAGGAUUGCAACAGACACAGCUCUAAUGAUGAAGAAUCAAUUGGGCAACCCAAAGUUAUCUUGACGAAUGUCUUGAGGACGAAAAUAGGAAGAAAAUACAUGCAGGCGCAACAUAAAACUGAUGUUAAUUUUUCUGAUGCUGGCAAGCUGCUGUCAGAUCAAGCACCCUCAUCAUCUGCUGCCAGUAUAAAGAUAUGGCAAAUUUUAAACCCUACUCUCCAAAGUCUUUUCCUGUAUAAAAGGCAACCCAAAGUUGUCUUGACGAACAUCCUGAGUACGAAAAUUGGAAGAAAGUACAUAGACAGCCAUGUAAUAACUGAUGCAAAUUUACCUGCUGCUGACAAAUUGCAAUCGGGCCAACUACCCUCAUCAGCUGUUGCCAGCCUACAGACAUGUCAAAUAUUAAGUUCUCCUCAUGAAAAUUCUUUUCUUUCUGAAAGGUCUGAACAUUGCCUGAGAAAGACAGAUGAUAAACUGUGUAAAUUGACCAAGGCUUCUAAGGAACUAGAAAAAACUAAUGCUGUCACUUUUAGAAGACGAGAGCUGCAGAAGAAAGAAAACAAGCACUGUGGUGAACUGGAGAAGAGGAGCAGACACAUGAACAGCACUACUCUUAGUCAGAAGAAAUCAGGCUCUUUUGAUUCCGAGAAAAGGAAAAGAAGAUAUAGUGGCCAUAUUUCUGAUGAUUGUAAUGCACACAUUCCACAAAAGUUACUUGCAUUCUCUGAAAAGCAAAGUUUGAGUUCAACUCAGUCUUCUAGCUGCAGAAUAUGUUGUGAGGAUGGACAGGAUCACAGAUCUAAUCCUAUUCUGGUGCCAGACUCGCCAGCAGAGAGAGACUUUGAAAACACUUCCACCCACAACCACUUAAGCCCUGCUCAAAGCCACACAGAGGAUUCCGCCUCAGAGUCUCCUUCCAGAAAUUUGUCAAAGAAACAGCUUUCUGCUGCCAGUGAAGAUGUGAUUUCACCACAAGUUAGUAUGAUCAGGAAAUUAAAGAUGGACAAAUCAGAGUACCUGAGCAAUCUGCGGAACAGAAUCUGCAGGGGUAAUCAGCAACUUGUUUCCAUUGACCCAAUUAUCCUUUCCAGUGAUGAUGAAGAUGGACCUUCUGAACUAGAAUGCACAGAGCUGAUGCACGAUAAUAUCACUGAAAAUAAAGAAACACACCCGCAGUCUGACUUCUGUUUCUCAGCCAAGCAAUUAGAAGACAAAAUGAAAAGUCACACAGAACAGUUUUUAACAGAGUCAGUUGAAGAUAAAUGUCCUCUCAGCUUACCUUCUGGAAGCACACCUAGAAAGCAGGCAAACCUAGCAUUGGAUGUUGAAUUUGAUAGGCUACACAUUGGGAAAUUUAAGUGUUUAUCAACAGGUCCUGCUAGGUUCACAAAGAAAAAUAUUGUGAUCCCACUUCAGGUGUCUCUUAAGAACAUUCAGCUGACAGUGGAUACACUGGAUCUGAGAAGAUUUGGCUGGUGGAAAAGUGAUGGUGGCUGUUCUUCAACAAUUAUUUUUCUUUGGUUUUCUGUGGAUUAUGUAGAAAAGAUUGAAACCCAGAUGGGAAAGUUAGUUACCAGCAAGCCAUCCAAAUCCAAUGAAUUUGUAUUUUUUGAACUGUCUCAACCACUCACAGAAUGGGAAGAAGACAGACUGACUGAACUGAUUACCGGUGUCAGCAAGAGGAACAGAGCACCAGAUCUUGCUGAGUUUUUGUCUUUGAAACAAGCAUUACCUUUGUUUAAGGAUCUUUCUCCUGAAGAAAGCUCUUUCAUGAGUUGUAACAAGCAUCUACUAAAGCAAUACAUGCCAAGAGACAAUACCUCAGAUGCUCAUGAGCCUUUAAUUCAGGAAUCAAAGCUAAAGGUGAUCAGGCCCAGUUAUGCCCUUGCAAAUAAGCAGAAUAGUGGCUGCUAUUCUAUCUAUUUGUCCUCUGCACUGAAUAAAGAAUGGAAAGAAGUAAGAGAAAUGGGAGCAGUUACAAAUUUAAUUGUUUAUCCACCCCCACCUGCAAAAGGAGGACUGGGAGUCACAAGAGAAGACCUAGAGUGCUUAGAAUAUGGAGAGUUUCUCAAUGAUGUCAUCAUUGAUUUCUAUCUUAAAUAUCUGUUCUUGGAGAAGGCACCAAAGCAUGUUGCUGACCGUACCCACAUUUUCAGCAGUUUCUUCUACAAGUGCCUGACCAGGACAGAAAAAAACUCUGAGGGGGAUGUCAAAGUUUCAGCAGCACAGAGAAGACACAGAAGAGUAAGAACAUGGACUCGCCAUAUAAAUAUCUUCAAUAAAGAUUAUAUCUUUGUGCCUGUGAAUGAGGAGUCUCAUUGGUACAUUGCAGUUAUCUGUUUUCCUUGGUUAGAAGAAGCUGUGUAUGAGGAGUGUCCCUGUCAGAAUUCAUUAUCUCACCGGCCUCAGCAGUCUUCACUUGAGCCAGAGAGUGACAAAACUAGAGCUGGUUCAGUGCUAUUCAAGGAUGAAGAAGAGAUGGAUGGUGACAAUGAAAUAGCUGCUUCUGCUUCAGUUCUGCAUUCAGCUAUUUCUAAAAUCUCCCUAAGUAAUUCCAAAAAGCAGAUUUGUAAAAGGCCUUGUAUACUCAUCUUAGAUUCCUUGAAAGCAUGUUCUGUGCAGAAAACAGUUCAGGUUUUGAGAGAGUACCUUGAAGUGGAAUGGGAAGCUAAACGAAAAACACAUCGGGAAUUCAGUAAAUCAACAAUGAUUGACCUAUGUCCCAGAGUGCCUAAACAAGAUAACAGCAGUGAUUGUGGGGUCUAUUUGCUGCAGUAUGUGGAAAGCUUCUUCCAGAAUCCCAUAGUUAAUUUUGAACAACCACUACAUCUGGAGAAUUGGUUCCCUCGUCAGCUGAUCAGAAACAAAAGAGAAGAAAUUCGAGACCUCAUCUUGCAACUGCACUUCCAACAGCAGAGUGGCAGCAGCAGCUAAUAAAUCUCGUAAGGCAGUCCUGGCAAAGGACACUGAUGUAUGAAAUAACUGGAACUCUGCUUAGUGGAAUUUGGUCUCUCCCUGCCUUGCAAGGAAGGAAAAAGAAAAGGCACAA